GUGAAAGUGGAUCAAUACGCGACGGGCGCGCGGCCCGUCUAGCAGCGUGCGGACGUUUCUAUUGCGAAGUCGCCUGUCCACGCGCGCAGCGGCACUCGUAGCGAUUGUUGACAGGCUAUUUCGACUGAUAGUCGCGAGCGGCGAUUUCGGGGUGCGAACGCGUCCUCGAAAUUUCGCGUGUCCUCCAGCGCAGCGGAGGAAGAUCGAUCCGGCGGCUUUCAUCGGGCGCGAGCGCGCGCGCGAGAGAGAGAGAGAGAGAGGAAGAGAGAGAGAGAGAGCGGCGUGUUAAACGUUGCCGUCGGCUGACGGCUCGAAAUCCGAUCCGGACCGAUUGUGGAAAUUGUCAGGGCACGUCGGGGAAUUAUCCGUCAGCCGUCCGGAAGCACGCCCGGCGCCCUCGCCGGGAAUCAUUUUUCCCGCGAAACAUGGUGGUGCGUGGCGCGUGUCGCGUUUCGGGACGCGAGGUGUCCGCUUACCACCGCUGAUCAAAGGAUUCGUCUCGGUUAUGCGCUGUCGACAGGUGGUGAUGGUGACGGGCCGGCCGCGGCGAUAAGUCAAUCGCGUUGUAUGGCGUACGGCGAGAUUGGAAAGCUCGCAGUGCAGCGCACGAAGACGCUGAAGAAGACGAGAGAGGACGAGGCGGGAAUUAGAAAGCGCUGCGGGUCAUCGUGUACACGCUGAACGGUACCGAGAUGUACCCGUCUCACCUUAUACGGAGAAUGGCCUGCAAGCAGAACCUCACCUGCCUGCGAUUCCUGCGUUGGACUAUCCUGGUGCCGCUUGUGAUUUACAUCUCGCUUCUGUUCGUCAAGUACAACAGAAACGUGCCUCUGAAAAGUCUGCCGACCACUCAGGAGAAGGACAAGGAGAGCUCCAUGAUGGACAACCUGUUCUUCGAAUUGGAAGCUGUGACGGUGAACAAAAAGGACCUGGCGAAGUACAAGGACGCUGCAAGGAUCAAUCGCAGGAACGAGGAAAGCAUACGGGAGGUCGAGGAGGCGGAAAAUCGCGAAAAUCCGAGAACCCUUCUGGAGGAUAUUUUCCAAAGGGCCGAUACCGAUGACAACCAAUUGCUGGACAUUCAGGAACUGGCCAAGUGGAUUCACACGAAGAUUACAGAACACAUAAGCCGUGCCAUGCGGGAGAACGUCGGUUUGUUCACCGCCAUCGACAACAAUCCCAGAAAUGGCGAAGUAUCCUGGGAAGAGUAUCACGCGUACUUCCUGAGAUCUCAUGGUUUCUCCGAGAGUUACAUAAAUUCCCAUGAUAAGAAACACAGCGAAAUGUCGCGGUCGCUGAAGGAAAGUAUAAUGAGGGAUAGAGCGCGAUGGGCCGAGGCGGCUAGAAAUGAUCCCGAGAAAUUGACUUUGGACGAAUUUCUGGCCUUCACGCAUCCUGAGAGCAGCCACAGGGCCCUGCUGCAGAUGGUGGAAGAUCUCUUUGAGAAAUUCGAUCGAGACGGUGACGAGCAGUUAACGGAGGACGAGUUUUCGGAUUUGCCGUCUGACGGAGUCGGCCUAGAUUUACGCGAGGAUCGGCAGCAGUCGAUAGGAGGUAGCGAAGACAGACGUAAGGAGUUCCGACAUUUGAUCGACAAGAACAAAAAUGGGAAAGCCGAUCGAACCGAGCUUCUGAUGUACAUCGAUCCGCGGAACCCCAGACAUGCGAUCCAGGAGGCCCAGCACUUGAUAACUCUAUCGGACACGAACCUGGACGGGAAACUCGAUCUUCCGGAAAUCCUUAGCAAGAUGGAUCUGUUCCUCGGCAGCAAGAUGGUAGACACGGAGAGAAGUUUCCACGACGAGUUUCGAUAGUUUUCGCACGCAAACGACAGUGUGACAUUGCCUAGUCGAAUGCCUGUGGAGAAUCCGAAUACAUGCUAUUAACUGCUCACGCUGUCUGAUGGAGCGCGAGGUGAUAUUUCCGCGACGAACAACGGCUUCAUCUCUCGUUUUAGAGCGAAAUUCCGUACUUCUUACACCUUACAGGGAUAGAGCUCGAUGUUCCUUCGUAGAGAAUUUUAUACGCUAGUGCGUUUUUCUAUAUUGUGAUGUGGCGCAAUAAAAUCUCUUUAGAAAGAAAU